GUGACGAGGAGCCAGUCUUGCACAGGACACGAGGACGAACACGUUCAUCGUACAUCAGCUAAGACCGACAUCAAAUAAUACGCGAUACCUACAAGAAGAUAAUAUUAUACCACGUUAUCAUGUUGUUAUAUAAUAUCGGUACAUCGCGGUAGUAAUCGAUCGACGUCAGCAAUAUUUAAAUAAGGUGUUUUGUGGCAAUUAAAAAUAAAUACUCAGGCAGUCAAAACUGUACGACUCUGAAAACUUCCUCCUGUGCGGGUACAUUUUUAAUAUUUCAUUCGUCGCGCAAAUAUCGAAAAGACUGCCGAAAGAUUCAAGAUGAAAAUCGAAAACGACGCGGAUCCUUAUAUGUGGUUUGCCGACUGUCUGGGACCUGAGCCACAGGACUGGAUGAAAGACGUGGGGCUGGAUUGGUUUGACGAGGAACUGUUGGGCCGACCCGAAUCGCCCGCGCCGUCAGUACCAGUGCCUCGACCCGUGGCUGCGGAAAACAGCAGUGACCACCGGAGAUUCCGCAGUGGUUACCCGUCGUAUACCAUCGAGUCGUCCGCAUGGCUCAUCCAACAACACCAACAGUCGGCCGACUCCGGCGACGAUAACGACGAAGACGACUCGUUGCCACCGCCUGUUUUGCCACCCAUGAUACCCGGCACCAGGAGUUUUUCCGACCAACUGCACAGGAUCCGGAAACCAUAUGCCUUAGGCUCACCACCAUCCACCUCAGCCUCUGGAUUAUUGGAAGUCCAAGAUUUUGAUUCAUUUGGACACACAAUUAUGGCCGACGAAGAAGUUUGUUUUGACAUACCAUUUUUAACGAAUGAACAGGACGAUAAAUCGUUUCUAGCUUCAGAAAAUCAGGUGGUGAUGGCCAAAGACGACUGUGAUGCCAUAAUGUAUGACACAUUCUUGGAGCCACUGUACCAAGGCAAUCCCUGCGACGGAGUGUUGGCAUGCGAAUGGGAAGGGUGCACGGUAAAAGUCGAUGGGCCAGGUCAAGAACCGCUGGUGCGGCACAUCGAGAAACUACACGUGGACACCGCUCCCCGGGGCGCCUGCGCGCAGUACACGUGCCAGUGGCGGGGCUGCCCCAGGCGCGUGCGUCCGUUCAACGCCCGGUACAAGCUGCUCAUACACAUGCGAGUGCAUUCGGGCGACAAGCCCAACAAAUGCACGUUUGCUGGUUGUCCAAAAGCAUUCUCUAGACUAGAGAAUUUAAAAAUUCAUCAGCGGUCGCACACCGGUGAAAAACCAUAUUCAUGUCAAUUUUUGGGUUGCUCAAAAGCGUUCAGUAACAGUUCGGAUCGAGCGAAACACCAAAGAACUCAUUUCGAACAGAAACCAUACGCCUGUACUGCAAGUGGAUGUAACAAACGGUACACUGAUCCAAGUUCACUUCGAAAACAUGUGAAAAACCAUUCCCCACAACCAUCUACGAAGCAUUGGUCCAAAAAUAAUAUUUUACCUAAACCUCAUAUUCAAUCGGAAUUGGCCAGUACAACAAACACUCAGACAAUACGUUAUCCCGAUGAAAAACAGUUCAAAAUCAAGUUAGAAAAGCCUCAAUGGUAAAAUGUAUGUCGUAAAACAACAUACUUUUUAGGUUUAUGAAGCCUGUGAUUUUUAAAAUUAAGCUCAUGAGUCUAUAAUAAUUUGUUGUGAUUAUAGAGAAUAAAAACUGUUUAAAUAAGUUGUCUUAAGCAGAUUAAAUUUAGAGAUACAUUUUAAAUUUCUGUUGUCUUGUAAUAUUAUAAUCAUAAUCAAUCU